AUGUUCCGUGCGAAGUGUCAAGCAAUUUCCACUAUUCAAAUCUUCAGCUUCGAAAUUCGAAUUGGUUCAAGGUGCUAUCAAAUUUCCAUUACAAUUCAUCAUCGUAAAUUCCCAAAACACAAUUUGAUAUCCUUCGAAGAUUUUGGCUCCUCGCAGAUUUGUCGAAGUAUGCCGGAGGCCAGAACAUACAACGUUGUUGAUCCAUUUGUGGUCAUUUGA